UUCUUGAAUAUGCUGAAUGCGCCAAGAAAGCUAGCCAUGCUUUUGAGAAGCAGACGGCGUGAAAAAAAUCUAAUCAAACUGCUAUUAAAAUUUAGACAAUUAAAGAGUGAUUUUGUCCUCGGAUUACGCAGUUCAUUUACAACAAUACUACAUAAGUUAAAUGGCAGACUUGGUGAAAACCAUAGAAGACGACGACGUGCCCGAAGACCUGUCUGAGGAUUCUGCGUCAGAAGAUGAGUUUCAGCCAACAAGAAAACGAGCCAAGACUACGGACGGAAAGAGUGGGGGGCUGGACCCAACCUUUGAGUUUGGGCAAUUUACACAAGAUGUUUGGGCAGACAGAUGGGUUCAAACGGCAAAGAAGAAAAAAAAGAUAACUUCCACAUUGGAUGAAAAAAUCCACAAGAGAAUUCUUGUUGGGGAUGAUGAGAACCAAGUCGAAAUUAAGGAAGAAAGUGGAAACUCAUCAUCCGAGGAAGAAUCAGAGGAUGAAGAGUCUGAUGAGCUGGAAUCUGACAAUUCAAUUUCUGCUUCAACCAAUAACGGAAAUAAAAAGAAACUUGGCAAAAAACAGAGCAAAUCAAAUAAGAAAAUUGCGCAAGAUGAUGAUGAUAUUUUACUAUCGGAUGAUGAGUUACAGGAAGAUAAGGUCGUUGCGAAAGGGAAGAGUGCCAAAGGGAAUAAAAAAGGAAAAAAGAGUGUUGAAGAUGAAGAAGAUGUGAAAGAAGAAAUUAGACUCGAGGAUGAUCCGGAUUAUGUUUUCGAAACCAACAUGUCGUUUCAACAAAUGAAUCUUUCUCGUCCAUUAUUAAAGGCAAUUACAUCACUUGGUUUUGUUCAUCCAACACCUAUUCAAGCUGCUGCUAUUCCUAUUGCCCUUGGUGGGAGGGACAUAUGUGGAUGUGCUGCCACCGGGACUGGAAAAACGGCUGCAUAUAUGCUGCCUGUAUUAGAAAGACUAUUGUAUAAACCGAAAAUUGAAUCAGUAACUCGAGUUUUGUGUUUGGUUCCCACACGUGAGUUGGGUGUGCAGGUUUAUCAAGUGACCAAGAAUUUGGCGUCUUUUUCUAACGAUAUCGAGAUUGGAUUGGCUGUAGGAGGAUUAGAUAUUCAGCAACAAGAAUCAGUCCUCAGACAAAAUCCUGACGUUGUGAUUGCCACACCUGGUCGUUUAAUUGAUCAUUUGGGAAACACUCCUUCUUUUAAUUUGGCCUCCAUUGAAAUUUUAAUUUUAGACGAAGCUGACAGGAUGUUGGACGAUUGGUUUGCAGAACAAUUAAAAGAAAUUGUCAAACAAUGUAGUCCUCGUCGCCAAACUCUAUUAUUUUCUGCAACAAUGACAGAUAAGGUUAAGGAUUUAGCCUCUGUUUCGCUAAAAAAUCCAUGCAAAAUCUUUGUCGAUUCAAAUAAACAAGUCGCAUUCAAUCUUCGUCAACAAUUUGUAAAGAUUCGGAAUGAAACCGACCGGGAAGCCGUUCUUUGUGCUUUGAUUGUGAGAACUUUUCACAAUAAGACUAUGGUUUUUGUCCCAACAAAAAAAAUUGCUCACCGUCUUCAUAUCGUGUUGGGGCUUAUGGGUAUACGAAUCGGAGAGUUGCAUGGAGAUUUGAUACAAAGUCAGCGUCUUGAAGCAUUAAAAAAAUUCCAAUCUAGUGAGGUUGACGUCUUGAUGGUGACAGAUGUUGCUGCGAGAGGUCUGGACAUUCCUGGUGUGCAAAGUGUCGUCAAUUAUACAAUGCCUCCAACUGUCGAACAGUAUAUUCAUCGAUGUGGCAGAACAGCUCGAGCAGGACGUUCAGGUGUUGCGGUGUCUCUCGUAGGAGAAAAUGACCGAAAAUUGAUGAAACAAGUAGCUAAAGCAGCCACAAAUCCUGUGAAAGCGAGAAUUAUUCCACCAGAAAUUAUUGCAAAAUAUCGAGACAAACUGAAACCUUUGGAAGCCGAAAUUGAGUCAAUCAUGCAAGAGGAAGAAGCCGAGAAAACUCUCGUGCGAGCUGAAAUUGAAGCAAACAAGGCAAUUAAAAUGAUUCAGGAAAAGAAGAGUAAGAGAAAGAAGAAGCGAAACGGACCUCCAGAGCCUGACACGAAAUCACGCAACUGGUUUCAAUCACAAAAGGAUAGAAAAGAUGAACAUGAUAAACUGCAAGGACGGAACCCUGCAAAACUCAGAAAAGCCAUUGCGUCAGCACAAGAAGACAUGCAACUCAGAAAACUAGUUGACUUCCAGAAAAGACAAGUUAAAGGCAAAAAGAAAGGAAGGAAGCCACAGGCAUUUGACAACGAUACACCUAAAAACGGCGUUGGGCCAAAGAAAAAUAAGAAAAAGUCUUAUUUUGAUGAGGAACUUACAGAUGUCAAAAACGCUAGAGCUUUUCGUCAUCAAGGUUUUAAAAAUGAAGGAAAGGGACAAAAACCUAAGGGUAAGGAUGACGGAGGUUCAAAAAAGCAAAGUAAGGGAACUCCCAGAUCUAAUGUUAAUAAAUCCGAUAGAAAGUUUAGUCAGAAGAUGAAAAAUAAAGCAAGAUAAUCAAUUUGGUUAUUGAAUUUAUAGUUACUAAUUUUUAAGUGUUGAGGUAACGUGAGACUAAAAUUAUUAUCUGACGAAUAAAUUUGACUAACAAGAAAAUUAAAUAAUUAUAGAGGAUCAUUUUGUUUAAUGGAUAUUUUUUCACAUUCAUUUUUCACAUUCACGAUUACUUUGUAAAGUUGAGACCAUUUUUUAUUCAAGUUUUUACUUGAAUUAUUUAAAUUAUAAGUAUUAGUUACACGCUCAUUACGAGAGAUGAUAAUAAAUUCUAUUCAAAGCAUUAUUUAAUACGACUAAA